UUGGUGCUGGAUGUCACAUACAAACAAAGUGAUGGGUACACUUGGGGAUGCAAAACUCUAGGGGCUGACACGUUUAUUAUGGAUUAAAAAAAGUUGGCGUACAGAAAAAGGAGUUCUGAGCAGCACUAUGGCUUCGGCACGCGGAAACAACUAAGAGUGCUGCUCGUGAAUGUUACGGUAAUAUUAAACACGCGCGUCACGCCAAGGUGUCUUCUGCCGACUGAGAUAAAAAAAAAACAACAACAACAAAGGGUGAAAAAGAUAAAAUGAACACGAAUGGGAGCUUUAUGAACAAUAAUUCGCAGACACAACCAGAUCCAAUUUCUGAUCGGCCACCGUGGGUUGCCACAACUUUGGGAAGCUUUUUGAUUUUUACGAUCGUGGUUGAUAUUUUGGGCAACCUUUUGGUGAUAGUGUCAGUUUACAGAAACAAGAAAUUAAGAAAUGCAGGAAACAUAUUUGUCGUUAGUCUGGCCAUCGCAGACCUGGUAGUGGCAAUUUAUCCUUAUCCAUUGGUCCUUACGUCUAUCUUUCACAAUGGGUGGAAUCUGGGAUAUGCUCACUGCCAGAUUAGUGGAUUUCUAAUGGGAAUUAGUGUGAUUGGCUCUAUUUUUAACAUAACGGGCAUUGCCAUAAACCGUUAUUGCUAUAUUUGCCACAGUUUAAAAUAUGAUAAGCUCUACAGUGACAAAAACUCACUCUGCUAUGUUAUUUUGAUAUGGGUUCUGACUGUCAUUGCCAUUGUGCCCAACCUGUUUGUGGGAUCAUUACAAUAUGAUGCACGAGUUUAUUCUUGCACUUAUAUGCAAUCUGUCAGCUCAGUUUAUACCAUUGCUAUUGUGUUCUUCCACUUUAUUCUUCCUAUAAUGAUUGUUACCUACUGUUAUAUGAGAAUAUGGAUUUUGGUAAUCCAGGUAAGAAAAAGAGUGAAGCCUGAAAUGAGGCCUAAACUUAGUUCUCACGAUGUCAGGAAUUUUGUCACCAUGUUUGUGGUGUUUGUUCUUUUUGCAGUCUGUUGGGCACCACUUAAUUUUAUUGGCCUUGCAGUUGCUGUAAAUUCAGGGAAGAAAGCACCCAGAAUUCCAGAAUGGCUUUUUGUUGCUAGCUAUUUCAUGGCCUAUUUCAACAGCUGCCUUAAUGCCAUCAUUUAUGGACUACUGAACCAGAACUUCAGAAGAGAGUACAAGAGGAUUAUCAUCUCAGUUUGUACAGCACGGAUUUUCUUUAUUGAUAGUUCUAAUGAAGCAGGUGAAAGAAUCAAAAGCAAGCCAUCAAAUGUAAUGACUAACAACAAUCAGGUGAAAGUGGAUUCUGUUUGA